UGUGUGAUACUGUGAUUGGUGGCGACAUUGAUUUUUUCUCAGGGGUAAUCCGCCGCGUGGACAUCGUGCUUCCGAUCGUGCUGCGGUGGAGACUAGAACUCCGGUCGUCGGCGAAAGUUGCUGGAGAAUUGGAAUCGCGGAGAAAUGAGGUCUGCUGCAGCUGGAGUAGUUUCUCGGUUUGCGUCUUCUGCCGUUGUGUAUUUCUCGAUCUGCAGUGCCAUCGCGUUAUGUUUCGUUCCGGUGUCUGUUUCGAUUCCGUUCAUCGUUCUCCAUGGAAUUGGGGAUCAGUGUUCGAACAGAGGAAUGACGCAAUUCACGCAGGAGCUCAGCGAAUGGUCCAAAUCUGAAGGAUAUUGCAUAGAAAUUGGAGAUGGAGCAUGGGAUUCUUGGUUUAAGCCCCUACAAGAGCAGGCGGAAAUUGUAUGCGAUAAGGUGAAACAAAUGAAAGAACUCCAGGAUGGUUACAACAUAGUCGGUCUCUCCCAGGGCAACUUAAUCGGGCGAGGUGUUGUGGAGUUCUGCGAUGGCGGACCACCAGUCAAGAAUUUUGUGUCUCUUGGAGGACCUCAUGCCGGGACAGCUUCAGUUCCACUAUGUGGUACUGGGAUAUUUUGCAUUAUUGCAGACAAUCUAAUCAAGAAAGAGGUCUACACCGACUACGUCCAAGCUCACUUAGCUCCUAGCGGCUAUCUUAAACUUCCAAAUAACAUUCCCGACUACUUGAGCAAAUGUAGGUUUCUCCCAAAGCUUAACAAUGAACUCCCUGACGAGAGAAAUGCUACUUACAAAGAACGGUUCAGUAGCUUAGAAAAUCUUGUUCUUAUCAUGUUUGAACAUGACACCGUCUUGAUACCAAAGGAAACAGCAUGGUUUGGAUACUAUCCCGAUGGGGCUUUCACCCCGGUUCUGCCGCCACAACAGACUAAGCUCUAUCUUGACGAUUGGAUUGGGUUGAAAACAUUAGACAGUUCGGGAAGGGUAAAAUACGUCGAGGUGCCUGGAAACCAUCUUGGAAUUGCCCGAGACGAUAUGAAGAAAUAUAUUGUUCCAUAUCUAAAAGAUGCUACAUCGAAUGAAGGCACCGUUGAUUCUUCUGCAACUGUGCAAAAACAUGAAUUGCCAAAGGCAACAUUUGGCAGAUCAUCGACUCUGGCAAACCGAUUCUUGGACCUGCUCAGCGUUAGGUACGCUUAGUUUGAUCUGUUGUGAGUUCCCAAUUCAAGCAGGUGAAGCUUAUGCAUGCCCAUUGUGUAUGUAAAUUCCAUACUCGUGUGUGUGUUCAACUAAAUUUGCGAAAGGGAAGAAGAUGAUUCAUUGCCAGGUAUGCGGGGAAGAUGAGUUGUACAUUUACAGAUGAAAGAAAGCACAUGUCUUUUGCAAUUAAAAAAGUUGGGUGA